ACAACGUCAGUGUCUAAAACACAUGUUUUGGUUGUGCACAGUUUAUUUAAAUAUUAAAUACCGAUUACUAUUUUCAGUAAAUAGUCAGCCCUAUAUUGACUUUAUUCAAAUGGAAUUAGAAGAUGGUUUUGAUGAUUUAUUAGCACAAAUUGAUGAGCCCACAAUUUCCAAAAGACCUAAAACAGGACAAGAUGAACUACCGGGACCUUCAAAGCCAAGUUCAUCUAAGACACAUUGUGUGUUAGUAAAUCAAAAGCAACGUGGAAAUCCCUUACUGAAGUUUAUCACAGGUGUGGCAUGGGAAUAUGAUGAAAUAAUUCCAGAUUAUGAGAUAGGCAAAACAAUAUGUAUUUUAUUUCUGUCUACAGCAUAUCACAAUUUAAAUCCUGAUUAUCUCAACAAUAGGAUAAAAGAAUUGGGAAAGAAAUAUGAGCUUAGAGUUCUUUUGGUACAGGUAGAUUUAAAGGAUCCCCACAGCGCUUUGAAAAAUCUAACAAGGAUAUGUCUUCUAACUGAUCUAACACUAAUGCUGGCUUGGAGUCCGGAAGAAGCUGCAAAAAUUGUAGAGAACUAUAAAAUAUUUGAAAAUAAACCACCCGAUAGAAUUAUGGAAAAAAUAGAAAAUGGUCCACAACAGAAGAUUAUAAAUGCAUUAUCCAAUAUUAAACCUGUUAAUAAAACUGAUGCUAUGACGCUACUUACUAAUUUUGGAACAUUAGCAAAUAUAAUAAAAGCAAAUGAAAACCGACUUGCCGAUUGUCCCGGUUUUGGGCCGACAAAGGCGAAGAAAUUGUACAAGGCGUUACAUGAACCGUUUUUAAAACGAAGCAAUGUCAAAGAAAAGGAAGUAGAGAAAUCUGAAGAAUUUGCUGAAGAUUUAAAUAUGGAUGAAAUAGAGAAAGCGGAAAAUGAAAUAAAUAAUGAGUAGCAAAUAUUUUUUUUAAAUAUGUUUUACCUUGAGUUUUAAUAUUACUUAUUA